CUCUCUGUCUCUGCAUUAGUUUCCCUUGGCCAUGCACCUUUACAGUUUUCUUUCCAGCUAGGACUUUGCUGAAUACACUCAGUUGAUUUCCCCCAGCUAAAACAUGCCAUGUGUGCAGAGAAACUGGAUUGCCAACUUUUCCUUUUGGGUCCAGUUCCUUCUGAUGGAAGCGCUCUGCUAUGGUAGAAAUCCUCCACCGGGCAGAUUUUUCUUUCCAGACAAGAGGCAAGAGCACUUUAUCCGGACGCUGCAAGAAUACCACGUGGUUGGUCCUGCAAAAGUAGAUGCAAGCGGCCAUUUUCUCUCUUACAGUUUACACCAUCACACCUCAGAUACCAGGAGGAAAAGAGACUUCAGUAGAAAGGAAAACCUUGUGUAUUAUAAAAUUAACCACAAGGAGAAGGAGCUGUUUUUCAACUUGACUGUCCAUCGAGGAUUCCUUUCUGCUAACUAUGUAUUGGAAAGGAGAUACGGGAACCACACUGGUGCAAAGAUUGUACCUUACACAGGAACCUCAUGUCACCUCAUUGGUACAGUCUUGCAGCCAAAUUCUGGGAAUGGACCAGCAGCGAUCAGCACUUGCAAUGGGCUGACUGGAUAUUUCCGUCUGCCUCAGGGGGACUACUUCAUUGAGCCUGUCAAAAAGCAUCCACUAGAAGAGGGAAUACCAUACCCACACAUAAUCUACAGGGCAAAUAUCCUUCAAAAUGCUUUAAGGCAACGGCGGGAGAGCACAACAGACAAGGAACAAGCUUGUGGAUUGAAUGAUACCUUCAGCUUUUUCAAACAACAAGAGCAUCGGCGGGUUAGGUGGGAAGGAAAUCACAGGGCAGCCAAAACAAUUUCUCGGCGUUCUGUCAGCAAGGAACGAUGGGUGGAGACGCUGGUUGUUGCAGACAGUAAGAUGAUUGAAUAUCAUGGAAGUGACAAUGUGGAAUCCUACAUCCUCACUAUAAUAAAUAUGGUCACAGGAUUGUUCCAUGAUCCAAGCAUUGGCAAUGCAAUCCACAUCGUGCUCGUCCGCCUUAUUCUUCUUGAAGAGGAAGAGCGAGGCUUGAAAAUAGUUCAUCAUGCAGACAAGACAUUAGCCAGCUUCUGCAAAUGGCAGAAAAGCAUCAAUCCCAAAAAUGAUGUCAACCCAAUACAUCACGAUGUAGCUGUACUUUUAACUAGAAAGGACAUCUGUGCUGGCAUGAAUCGUCCUUGUGAAACCUUAGGUUUGUCUCAUCUGUCUGGUAUGUGCCAACCUCACCGGAGCUGUAAUAUUAAUGAAGAUUCUGGGCUGCCUUUGGCAUUCACUAUUGCACAUGAGCUUGGACACAGUUUUGGUAUCCAGCAUGAUGGAAAAGAGAAUGACUGUGAACCUGUUGGAAGACAUCCAUACAUUAUGUCCCGGCAGCUACAGUAUGAUCCUUCUCCACUCACCUGGUCCCCGUGCAGCAAGGAAUACAUCACACGUUUCCUAGACCGAGGAUGGGGAUUCUGUCUAGAUGAUAUCCCCAAAAAGAAAGAUUUAAAGUCACCACUUAUUGCCCCAGGAGUUAUCUAUGAUGUACAUCACCAAUGCCAGUUGCAGUACGGCCCCACUGCUACUUUCUGUGAAGAGGUGGAUAAUAUUUGCCAGACACUCUGGUGCUCAGUGAAAGGUUCCUGCCGCUCAAAACUGGAUGCUGCCGCAGAUGGAACUAGAUGUGGAGAAAAGAAGUGGUGCUUCAACGCGGAGUGCAUUACAGUGGGAAAGAAUCCAGAAAUGAUAAAUGGUGGAUGGGGCACAUGGUCCUCCUGGUCCCAUUGCACACGGACAUGUGGAGCAGGAGUUCAAAGCGCAGAAAGACCCUGCAAUAACCCAGAGCCACAGUUUGGAGGAAAGUAUUGCACUGGAGAAAGGAAACGCUACCGCAUGUGUAACAUUCUCCCAUGUCGACGAGACACACCAACCUUUCGUCAGAUGCAAUGCAGUGAAUUUGACACAGUUCCCUACAAGAAUGAAUUCUACCAGUGGAUUCCAGUUUAUAACACAGCUAAUCUGUGUGAGCUCCACUGCCGCCCUGUGGAUGGCCAAUUUUCAGAGAAAAUGCUGGAUGCAGUUACUGAUGGGACUCCUUGCUUUGAAGGCAGAAACAUCCGAGAUAUCUGUAUUAAUGGCAUGUGUAAGACUAUUGGCUGUGAUUAUGAGAUAAAUUCCAAUGCAACUGAAGAUCGAUGCGGAGUUUGCCUAGGAGAUGGAUCUGCUUGUCAGACGGUGAAGAUGAUGUUCAAUCAAAGUGAAGGAUUAGGCUAUGUUGACAUUGGACUGAUUCCAAAAGGAGCAAGGGACAUAAGAGUAGUAGAAAUGGCAGAAGCAGGAAAUUUCCUUGCAGUGCGGAGUGAAGACCCACAAAAGUAUUACCUAAAUGGGGGAUUUAUUAUCCAGUGGAAUGGAGCAUACAAAGUGGCAGGAACAACAUUUCAAUAUGAGAGAAAAGGAGAUCUCGAAAACCUGACAGCAUCUGGACCCACCAAUGAGUCAGUGUGGAUACAGCUACUCUUUCAGGAAAAUAACCCCGGAAUUAAGUAUGAAUACACUAUACGUAAAGAAGGAAACCUUGAGAAUGAAGUAGGGGACCCAGAAUAUUUUUGGCAAUAUGGAGGCUGGACGGAUUGCAGUGUAACAUGUGGAAGAGGUGUUCAGCGACAGACAGCCCAAUGUGUGAAAAGGGGGGGAAGUGUGAUCAAAAACUCCUUCUGUGACCCAGAAAUGCAGCCAAAUGGACGACAAAAGAAAUGCAAUGAAAAGGAUUGUCCACCCAGGUGGUGGGCAGGAGAAUGGCAGAAGUGUUCAACCACCUGUGGCCCAACAGGAGAGAAGAAACGAACUGUCCUUUGCAUCCAAACAGUGGGAUCUGAUGAGCAGGCAUUGGCUGCUAAAGACUGCCAGCAUCUGCUUAAACCAAAGACCCACCUUUCAUGCAACAGAGAUGUUCUAUGCCCAUCUGACUGGACAGUGAGCAACUGGACUGAGUGCACAGUUACGUGUGGCGGUGGGAUACGGACUCGUAAAAUCAAUUGUGCUAAAAACAAUGAUGAACCGUGUGAUAUGUUCAAGAGACCAAAUUCUAAGGCUCUAUGUGGCCUCCAGCAGUGUCCUUCCACCAGACGACUAUUGAUACUCCCACUGAAACCAAACAGAGGAAAGAUCAUAAUCAGGAAGACAGCAAUUAAUCCCAAAAGAGGCCCAUCAGGCAGAAUACCCAUCCCGAAACUAGGCCAAAGAUACCAGACAACGACAAAAAUACCCGAGUCCCAAAGCACAACUGCUUUGGGCUCUACUUCCUCCAGUCCUGUCCACUCUUCCAAAAAGGACAACAUGGAAAAAAGAACAUUACAAAAUAAUUCUACCAGAUCAAAUAAUGAUUAUAAUUAUCCCUUUGUGUUUAAUGGAAACAGGUCACACCAAGAUAAUACUGUAAGUAAUAGUUCAAGUAUUGAAAAUAUAGGAAAUGUCCAAAAUGUCUCUAACAUAGAUCCGGACUCUGCUUCAGAAGGGGGCCUUGUUCAGAUAGGAGGGGCUAGUCGCACCACCUCAUUAACCAGAAAUCCAGAAGUAACUCCAGGCUAUGAUUAUUUAACUGAAGAGUCUGACAAUACUGAUUGGUCCAUAGAAGGCAAUGAAAAACCUAUUGACAUCUCUUACAAUGCCAAAAGCAGCCCUGCAAUCAAAACCAGGAGCAAAACUCCAAACAUCAGGUCUCAUGUCAUUACUACUCCCAAAAUCUCACCAACAUUUUAUCAACAUGAAUCUUCUACACAGUCUACUAGUAGCACAGCAGCAGAAAGACUGUCACCUUCAACAACAGUGAACCUAAAACGUAUCAGUGUGCAAAUAGAUACACCUGUCAUAGAAAAAGCCACCACAAAAGGACCGGUUACAAUAAAACCAGCAAUGUUAGAUAACGUAUCAAGAGCCCAGUUUGAAAAUGGAACAGAAAUGGAACCCUCUGACAAGAUAGAUUAUACCCAAAGCACAAAAUCUCCAAGUCUUGAAGAUUCUCCAAAGAACCACAGUACAGUUUCUGAGGGAAAAUUACCCAAUGCCACAGAAUGGGACUAUGCAAGAAUCUCCAAUAUUUUGCAUGGUGAUGUGUACUGGAUAGUGGGGAACUGGAGUGAGUGUUCUACCACUUGUGGUGUGGGGGCUUUUUGGAGACAUGUGAAAUGUAGCAGUAAGAAUGAAUCUGACUGUCAGCACAUUAAAAAACCUGACCCUGCAAGAAGAUGUCAUCUCCGUCCAUGUGCUAACUGGAAAACAGGAUCCUGGAGCAAGUGCUCUACAAACUGUGGUGGUGGUUUCAAGACCCGUGAUGUUCACUGUACUGAUGUUCGUAAUAAGCGAGUUCUACGGCCUUUUCACUGCCAAUUAUUAGAACAUAAACCACAACUGAGCAUUAGCUGUAAUACAGAGCCCUGCUUGGAAUGGCGUGUGGAGCCUUGGAAUAAGUGUUCGAAAACAUGUGGUGGUGGCCUGCAAGAAAGACACGUCUACUGCCCAGAAGAGGACUAUUGUGACUGGACGAAAAAGCCUAACUCCACGGCACACUGCAAUGGGCAGCCUUGUACUCGGUGGAUAAAUGGGACGUGGAGUUCGUGCACUGCUUCCUGUGGAGGGGGCCUUCAGCAAAGAACAGUAAAGUGCAUCAACACAGAAGAUAACGAAGCUGAAGAUCAAACUAUGUGUGAGCACGAGCUCAAGCCUCCAGGAUCUCAGAAAUGCAAUAUGCAAGAGUGCAGGAAAAGUGCAGGCCUGCUGUGCCACAAGGACAAGCUGUCCAAUAAUUUCUGCCAGAGACUGAAGCGGAUUGGCAAAUGUUUGGUGCCAUCAAUACAGACUCAGUGCUGCUUCACCUGUAACAGGCCGCAAAUUCCUAACAAAACAAGAUCUGGAAAUCAACAGCGCUUCAAAGAACAAAAUUACACCAAACCCAGAAGAAAAUUGUCUCCAAUCAAAAAAAGCAACAGCCAACCUCCUGCUGGGCACUAGGUGUUUUUCAAUCUGAUUAAUUUAAUCAGGGGGUCCAUUUACAGAGUUUUUUCUCUUUUAUAUUGAGCCAUUCUAUAUAGAUGGAAAUCUAAAGAACUGAUCAAUAUUGGGAAAAUACAACCUUUAGGGCAACCAGUCCCAAUAUGCUUCUCCAGCCUUCUCUUUAAGACAGCUAUAAAUUUGUCGUUGUGAUUUGCAAUGUACACCUGUUCCUGGUACUUCUUAUGCGUGCAUGGAAUACAGGUUAAGAACAUGCAUACAGGAUUAAUUUGGUCUUUACAUGAAUUUUGUGCUGUUUGUUUUUCCCCAUUUACAGUGGAAGAACAAACUGUGGUUCCCCCAAAACGGUAUUAAAAUAACAACUGGCACUUGUACAUCGCACCAUUUCAUCCCAGAUUCCAAAGGGCAAAGUUAUUCUAUCCUGUCUAUUGUAAUUACUGGGGCUUCUCUGCACACAACCUCCUAGGAUGCUAGUACCGGGCCGGGUAUAUUGCAACUUGGAGGCAAGCACUGUAGGCGCUUCAGCCUUAUUGGUCCUAGCCGUAGUGGACCCCAAUCACUACUCAGACACACGGCCAAGGAAAAGGGCUGGCAGGAAAAGGAAAGGUUGCAAAUACCCUAGGUACAGAAGCAUAACCAGUUAUAGUUCAAAGAAAGCAAUUGUGGUUCUUGUUUGGGUCCCUGGGGUAGCCCAAUGGACAGUUAGGGCUCUUCAGGUCUAGUGCCUGAGGUGCUGUCUCCAGUCCAAUCUCUAUGCAAGUAAAUAGGCACUUAGAGAUUUCCAGGCCAGGAUGAGUUAGUGUUCCACAUUGAGGCCCCUUUGCUCUGGCUCCCUGCCCACCCACUGUUGUUCCCCUAUAAGUCCCCAUACAGACCUGCAUUCAGCUGUAUCAUCUGGCAUUCACAGCCUGUUCUACAUAUGGUUCCUGGGGGUUUUGCUCUGAAAUCAGCUUCUCUGCGGCAACUUGCUUGCCAUGCAGCCACCAUUUCAAAACAGAGUCCAACCACUUCCGGGUUCAGGAACUUUUCUCUUACCUGGCCAGGAAGGAAUGGGGAGAGAACUAAUGGGAGUUGUAGUCUCCUCCUUAGCAGAUCCAUCACACUAUAACACAGAGCUCUACUGCAUGUUUUGAGCCAGCUCCUUCUGUAUAUUAGUCACUUCGCACUGCCAGAGUGGUACAAAGUGACUGUAAAGCUGACGCCCCAAAGGGGCAACUGAAGAUCCCCACCAUGAGCCCUUAGGUUUUGUACAAACUUGUUUUUUUUUUUAAAUCUGUUUGAGUGUCUCUUAAAACUGCUAGUUAUUGCUGUCCCUUUAAAAGGCUAUUAACCUGAAAUAACGAGUGGCGUUUGUCAUAGCUAGCUAUGAACUUGCAUUCGAAGACUAGUUUAGUCAGCAUGUUUUAUUAAAAGAAAAAAAUGUUAAACACUUGACUGACUCUCUAAAGGAGACCUCCUAAAUACACAGUUCUGAGCAUCGUUCUGUUGGUGCAAAUAUCUUGGACCGACCUAAAGAACAAAUGUUUAGGAUUAAAUUACACCAUAUAUUUUAUGCUGUCAUGAUGCAGUAUUCAACCUUUUUUAAAACCAAGCUUUCAGCACCUACUGGACCCAAUUAAACAGUUUAUUUUACAGUGAUACUCUAAAGCAAACAAUCAAAUAUCUGCUAAGGAAGCCUAGUCAAUAGUGGAGCAUUUCCCAUGUAUGGUAUCAGAUAGUAGGCUUGAUCCUACUGCCACUGAAGACAAUGGCGUAACUACCCUCAAUGGGAGCUGGAUUGGAUUAAAACGCGCAAGGAUUUAAGCUGAGCAUUUGAAAGGGGCUGAAAGAAGCGUGGUGCUCAAGUUCCACUGAAAUUCGAUGGAAGUUGGAUGCAGAGGCCACUCAAGACAAACUGCCACCUUAGGCAAAACUUCAGUGUUCUGCCCCCCUCCUCAUCGGCGUAGAGUGGCAGAUCUGGCUCAGCUGCCCCUCCAUCGUGACAGAGGGGCGGCUGGGCCAAAUUUGAGUAGCAUUGCAACCUGGCACGUGAGGUCGCAACACCACUCAAAUUUGGCCCAGCUGCCCAUGAUGGAGGGGCGCUGGGGCAAGUAUGCUGCCUUAGGCAGUGCCUAGUUCACCUAUAACUAGAGCAGCCUUUAGUUGGGUGCUUCUCUCAACUCACCACUUUGUGCCAGUUUUGUCCUUGAUACCUCCCUAUACUUUCCUAGCCCUUAUUUAGAAUACUACAUUCCAAACGUGGAUGGGCCAUGAAAGUCCACCCUGCCUGGACAUAGUGCAGGGGUUCUCAAAUUUCAUUGCACCGCGACCCCCUUCUGACCACAAAAUUACUAUACGACCCGCUGCCCCAAGCGGGGUGGGAGGGCCAAAGGGCUUCAGCUCCAGUUGGGGGACGGGGACCUGUAACCUGAGCCCCGCCACAUGGUAGGACUCAUGCUUCAGCUUCAGCCCCGGGCGAUGGGGCUCCGGCCCCGGGCCACAGCAAUCUAACGCCAGCCCUGGCGACCCCAUUAAAAUGAGGUUGCAACCCACUUUGGGGUCCCGACCCAUAGUUUGAGAACCGCUGACUGAGUGCAAAGUAUUCAUGCCCCUUUGCUUUGACAAGUUUUCUAUUUCCUAAUGCCAAAGCUGACUUCAGCUUUGCAAAGUGUUGGGGGAUGCUUGACAUGGGUGAAUAGAAUUGUGGGAAGAUAACUGUGUUAACUAACUUCCCAACAUAAUAUACAAUCAUGUAUAUUAUAUUAAUACCAUGCACAUAAUAUCUAUUAAUGUGGAAUAUACUAUGCCUAACAUAUGGAUUGGCUAACAUUUGAAAAUCCUGGCCAUACCCUGCAGCUUCCUAAUUGUUCUAAGGAUGCACUACAUAGAGUCUUCUUGGUUUUAUACCGUAUGAAAAGGAGUAACACAGUCAUAAAUGUGUUGCAGUGACUAAAGGAGUGAUUGUAAAACGUACUAGAAAUACAUUUAGACCUGACUAUACCAUACUAAUGAAGGCCACGAUCCAGCAACUGCAGCCAUGCAGGUGAGCAUAGCGGUCCGUCCCUCGAGAAUACACCCACACUCACAUACCAUGGCAUGGCGGCAUUUGCAAGAUCUGUGCCUCAAUUCUUCACUUGAAGUUCAUGGGACUUCUGCAGGUGAAACAUCUCAAGAUCAGGCCUCUUAAUGUGUGUGGGACAACAAUUUAAUGACAAUUACAGCUACUUUAUAGCUGCUUUAAAUCAGCUGUUAAAUAUAUGGUGCUAAUAUAAUAUGGUGCUAAUAUUUGGAUGGUGACUAAAAUGAUGUAUCAUAUGUGUGUGUGCGCGUGCGUGCAUACAUACAUAAUCUAUAUGCACAUACACUCUCUAAAAUUAUACAGACCUAUGGUGUUGCUGGUCAGUGCCAGUUCUAUUGCCUUCUAAACAUUAUGAGAUGCUUAAGAAUAUUUGCUUUUUAUUUUUUGAACUCCUGAAUGUUUAAUAGUCUGGAUAAGGAAUAAAAACCAGACCAUUUUUAUACCGUUUGGAGAUAAAGUUAUUAAAUAAAAUGAAAGGACGGAUGCGUUUCUUCUCUGAAGCAGCAACAUGACUGCAAAGGAUUUGGUCAUAGAGCUCCAUUGUCACUCUCAAGCAGAGUUUGUAUUGAGGGCCAAACAUGGACCCACCUAACUCAAUGGAGCUUGCAAGUGCUCUUGAGGUGCACAGCACCUCUCAGAACUGGGGCUCGAAAAUUAAGGGCUUUACUUGACCAUCACAAUCUCCUCGGAUACAUCCAUACUGGAGUGGCAGUAUAAUUUCCAGCACAGGUAGGUGUUUGAUCAAGCUAGCACACUAACCAUAGAAGUGGAGCAGCAGCGGUGGGAGGCUCUGGCCGGCCUAAGUACAGUCCUACCAUGGUAUUUACUCAAACAGCUAAACCGUCCUGCCUCCCAUCCCACCAUGGCUACACUUCUAUUUUUAGCCUGCUAGCUAGAUCAAGGCUAGCGCGUGUACACCUACGCGAGCUGGAAAUUACCUCCAUUGUUGACGUAUCUCUAGACUCAGGAGGACAUGAGCCUUCAUGCCCACGUGGCACCAUGUAAAUGAACUAGGACUAGCAAGGCACCCGACUGUGACAUGGGAGACUGACCAAGUGGGCAUGAUAUACGUAGAAGGGAACUCGCCCAGCUGAGGUUAUUUUUCUGUGCUCAUUACAGCCAGGAUGGAGUAAUUUCUCACUUCAUUAUUUGCAUCCAGGCAUUGUGAUUUAUUUAAAAUUGAGGAAGGUGAAGAACUGAUGGUCCAUUAUUCAAAUGAUUUGACUCCUUUGGGGCCAAAGGGGAGUACUGCCACACUUGGUGCUAAGCUUACACCUUUAGAGGGAAGACUGAGAGCAACAUGAACCUUUAUAAUACAGUUAUGCUAGUACUCUAUUCUAUCUAGGUGCUCAUACCAUGCUCCUCACCUCACUAUCUGCCAUAUGCUGACUGCCUUUGUAAUAGAGUCCCUUGAUCAGUUUAACAAGUUUCCAUUUUUUAAAAAUUAAUCUUUUAAGGAAAGAUGGUUUUGUGGCUAUAAUUCUGAUGGUUGCUAGUCUCACAAGUGAACUAAAUAACCAUUCGCGCUAGACGCAUGUUACGCAAGCCCACCAUAUUAUUCUGAGACACUUCAGUACCCUUCAUCUUGCUCUGCAUGAGCGCUUUUACACAGCACCUGCACAGGCUGUUCUAGCACGUAAAGUGUUUAAGAAACAACCUAUAUCAAUUAAUUAUUGUAGCUUCAUAAUAAAUUGCAUUACCUAUGUGUGACGUGGCUGAUAUUUUUUAUGGUUCCAAUAAAAGAGUAAUCAUGAACUGGAACAAUUAGAAAAAUGUAAAAAAAAAUACCAGCCUGGGGUUCUCCUGUAAUUGAGAAUUUGCUAUACCAGAAUCCUCUUACCUGAUAUAUUCAGAGUCCCCUAUGGCAAUAUAACAGAGUAGCUCAUUAAAAAGCAAAAGUAGGGAAAAGCUCUGAAAAAAACUUUAAUUGAAAUAAAACACUGUACUGAAUACAAAAUAAAAAAGUGAUAUUCACUGUUUCUCAUCUUUAUUUUCUCUUUCCGUCUCGAGUUAGCAAUUUUCAUAUUAAUGGACUAUAUCUUGGAAUUUCACUACAAGUUAAAUGCUACUCAACUCCUUGGCAUUGGCUGAAUGCAUCCCUGUUAAAUGUAUUUAUUUUAGAUUUAUACAAAGUACA